GAGCCUCGCCCCUCUGCUCGGACUUGUCGGACCGACGCGAUGGCCUCGGAAGUGGUGUGCGGACUCAUCUUCAGGCUGCUGCUCCCCAUCUGCCUGGCAGUAGCGUGUGCAUUCCGAUACAAUGGGCUCUCCUUUGUCUACCUCAUCUACCUCUUGCUCAUCCCUCUGUUCUCAGAACCAACAAAAGCGACGAUGCAAGGACAUACGGGACGGUUGUUGAAGUCUCUGUGCUUCACCAGUCUGUCCUUCCUGUUGCUGCACGUCAUCUUUCACAUCACAUUGGCCAGCCUGGAAGCUCAGCACCGUAUCGCGCCUGGUUACAACUGCUCGACGUGGGAAAAGACGCUUCGGCAGAUUGGCUUUGAAAGCUUAAAGGGAGCCGACGCUGGCAAUGGGAUCAGAGUGUUUGUACCUGACAUCGGGAUGUUCAUUGCUAGUCUGACCAUCUGGCUCGUCUGUAGGAACAUUGUUCAGAAACCGGUGACAGAAGAAGCCGCACAGUGUAACCCGGAGUUUCAAAAUGAAGAAGUGGCUGGAGGAGAAAAAAUAGAUCCAGAAGAGGCACUGAUCUACGAAGAGGAUUUAGAUGAAGGAGAUGGUGUUGAAGGAGAGUUGGAAGACAGCACAAAAUUAAAAAUGUUCCGCAGGCUUGCCUCUGUGGCUUCCAAGCUUAAGGAGUUUAUUGGCAACAUGAUAACCACCGCUGGAAAAGUUGUUGUGACAAUUUUACUGGGGUCAUCAGGUAUGAUGCUGCCGUCUCUGACCUCGUCUGUGUACUUCUUUGUAUUUUUGGGUCUGUGCACCUGGUGGUCCUGGUGCCGGACGUUCGACCCAUUGCUGUUCAGCUGUCUCUGUGUUCUGCUGGCUAUUUUCACAGCAGGGCACUUAAUUGGACUUUAUUUAUAUCAGUUCCAAUUCUUUCAAGAAGCGGUUCCACCCAAUGACUACUAUGCAAGGUUGUUUGGUAUCAAAUCAGUCAUUCAAACAGACUGUUCCAGCACGUGGAAGAUCAUAGCGAACCCAGACCUGUCCUGGUAUCACCACGCCAACCCCAUCCUCCUGCUGGUGAUGUACUACACGCUGGCCACUCUCAUCCGCAUCUGGCUACAGGAGCCGCUUGUGCAGGAUGAGAGGACCAAGGAAGAGGACAGAGCCCUGGCUUGUAGCCCCAUCCAAAUAACGGCCGAGAGGAGGCGGAGCCUGUGGUACGCGACCCAUUACCCAACUGACGAGAGAAAACUUCUAUCCAUGACUCAAGAUGACUACAAACCAUCUGAUGGUCUGCUGGUGACUGUGAACGGCAAUCCUGUGGAUUACCACACCAUCCACCCCAGUCUUCCCAUGGAGAACGGCCCCGCCAAAGCCGACCUGUACUCCACCCCGCAGUACCGGUGGGAGCCCUCCGACGACUCCUCGGAAAAGAAAGAGGAAGAAGAAGAUGAGAAAGAAGAAUUUGAAGAGGAAAGGAGCCAUGAGGAGAAAAGAAGUGUUAAAGUUCACGCCAUGGUCUCUGUGUUCCAGUUUAUUAUGAAACAAAGUUACAUCUGUGCCCUUAUUGCUAUGAUGGCUUGGAGCAUCACCUAUCACAGCUGGUUGACCUUCGUGCUGUUGAUUUGGUCGUGCACUCUUUGGAUGAUUCGCAACAGGAGAAAAUAUGCCAUGAUCAGCUCUCCUUUCAUGGUUGUUUAUGGAAAUCUACUGCUGAUAUUACAGUAUAUAUGGAGUUUUGAACUUCCUGAAAUUAAAAAGGUCCCAGGAUUUUUAGAAAAGAAAGAGCCAGGAGAACUUGCCUCAAAGAUACUUUUCACCAUUACUUUUUGGCUACUGCUGAGGCAGCACCUCACAGAGCAGAAAGCUCUUCGGGAAAAGGAAGCUCUUUUAUCUGAGGUCAAAAUUGGGAGUCAGGAAAAUGAAGAAAAAGCUGAUGAGCAAGAUAUACAGGUGGAAGGAGAGGCGGAAGAGAAGGAGGAAGGAGAGGAAGCAAAGCGAGAGAAGCAGGAGAUAAAGAAGGAAGAGGAAGAGGAAGAGGAAGUGGAGGAAGGUGACGAUCAGGACAUCAUGACGGUGCUGGGCAAUCUGGUGGUGGCCAUGUUCAUUAAGUACUGGAUCUACGUCUGUGGAGGGAUGUUCUUCUUCGUCAGCUUCGAGGGUAAAAUUGUGAUGUACAAAAUCAUCUACAUGGUGCUGUUUCUAUUCUGUGUGGCCUUGUAUCAGGUGCACUAUGAAUGGUGGAGGCGAAUUCUAAAAUAUUUUUGGAUGUCAGUGGUUAUUUAUACUAUGCUGGUGCUCAUCUUUAUAUACACAUAUCAGUUUGAAAACUUCCCAGGCCUAUGGCAAAAUAUGACUGGAUUAAAAAGAGAAAAGCUUGAGGAUCUUGGCUUAAAGCAGUUUACCGUGGCUGAACUAUUCACUCGCAUAUUCAUCCCAACCUCCUUUCUCCUGGUGUGCAUUUUGCACCUUCACUAUUUCCAUGACCGGUUCCUGGAGCUCACAGACCUGAAGUCCAUUCCCUGCAAGGAAGACAGCGCCAUCUACAGACUGGCGCACCCUGAGGGAAGCCUGCCGGACCUCACCAUGAUGAACCUGACCGCCAGCCUGCAGGCGCCGGAGAUGGGGAAGCCGGCAGAGCCUGGUGCGGAGAAGCUGGAGGGGUGCCCUGAGAAAGCCGAGAAGGCUGAGCUUGGGAAAGACAGUGAGGAGGAGGAGGAGGAGGAAGAGGAAGAGGAGGAGGCAGGGACGUCAGAUUUAAGGAACAAAUGGCACCUGGUGAUUGACCGCCUUACUGUGCUCUUCUUAAAAUUCCUGGAGUAUUUUCACAAGCUGCAGGUGUUCAUGUGGUGGAUUUUGGAGUUGCAUAUCAUCAAAAUCGUUUCAUCAUACAUUAUCUGGGUUUCUGUGAAAGAGGUGUCUCUGUUCAACUAUGUAUUUUUGAUUUCUUGGGCUUUUGCUCUGCCAUAUGCCAAGCUACGCCGUCUGGCUUCAAGUGUCUGCACUGUCUGGACGUGUGUGAUCAUCGUCUGCAAAAUGUUGUACCAGCUGCAAACCAUUAAGCCUGAGAACUUUUCUGUUAACUGUUCCUUGCCAAAUGAAAACCAAACGAAUGUCCCCCUCCAGCAGUUGAACAAGUCACUGCUCUACAACGCUCCUAUUGACCCGACAGAGUGGGUCGGCCUGAGGAAGUCCUCCCCUUUGCUGGUCUACCUGAGGAAUAACCUCCUGAUGCUGGCCAUCCUGGCCUUCGAGGUUACAAUUUACCGCCAUCAGGAAUACUAUCGAGGUCGGAACAAUCUCACGGCCCCCGUGUCUAAAACCAUCUUUCACGACAUUACGAGGCUCCAUCUAGAUGAUGGACUUAUUAAUUGUGCCAAGUAUUUCAUAAAUUACUUCUUCUACAAGUUUGGCCUAGAGACCUGUUUCCUAAUGUCAGUGAACGUCAUUGGGCAGCGAAUGGACUUCUAUGCCAUGAUUCACGCCUGCUGGUUGAUCGCUGUCUUAUAUCGACGCAGAAGAAAAGCCAUUGCGGAGAUCUGGCCCAAGUACUGCUGCUUCCUGGCCUGCAUCAUCACGUUCCAGUACUUCAUCUGCAUCGGCAUUCCUCCUGCUCCUUGCAGAGAUUACCCGUGGAGAUUCAAGGGUGCCAGCUUCAACGACAACAUCAUUAAGUGGCUGUACUUCCCAGACUUCAUUGUGCGGCCCAACCCCGUGUUUCUCGUCUAUGACUUCAUGCUGCUUCUGUGUGCCUCCUUACAAAGGCAAAUUUUUGAGGAUGAAAAUAAGGCUGCAGUGCGAAUCAUGGCGGGAGACAAUGUCGAGAUUUGCAUGAACCUUGAUGCAGCCUCUUUCAGCCAGCAUAACCCUGUACCAGACUUCAUUCACUGCAGGUCGUACUUAGACAUGUCCAAAGUAAUCAUCUUCAGCUACCUCUUCUGGUUCGUCCUCACGAUCAUCUUCAUCACUGGGACCACCAGGAUCAGCAUCUUUUGCAUGGGUUACUUGGUGGCCUGCUUCUAUUUCCUGCUUUUUGGGGGCAAUUUGCUGUUGAAACCCAUCAAGAGCAUCCUGCGCUAUUGGGACUGGCUGAUUGCAUACAACGUUUUUGUGAUUACAAUGAAAAACAUACUGUCAAUAGGAGCAUGUGGAUACAUUGAAAAAUUGGUUCAAAAUAGUUGCUGGUUGAUCCAAGCUUUCAGCCUGGCCUGCACCGUCAAAGGCUAUAAAAUGCCUGAUAACGAUUCCUCAUGUAAACUGCCCAGUGGUGAAGCAGGAAUUAUCUGGGACAGCAUCUGUUUUGCCUUCCUCCUGCUGCAGAGGAGAGUUUUCAUGAGUUACUAUUUUCUACAUGUCGUGGCAGAUAUAAAAGCUUCACAGAUCCUGGCAUCAAGAGGGGCAGAACUUUUCCAGGCCACAAUUGUGAAGGCUGUAAAGGCCAGAAUUGAGGAGGAGAAGAAGUCAAUGGAUCAGUUGAAGAGGCAGAUGGAUCGCAUCAAGGCCAGACAACAGAAAUACAAAAAGGGUAAGGAGAGGAUGCUGAGCUUGACUCAGGAGUCAGGGGAAGGCCAAGACAUCCAAAAGCUCUCUGAAGAGGAUGAUGAAAGAGAAGCAGACAAACAGAAAGCCAAAGGCAAAAAAAAGCAGUGGUGGCGGCCUUGGGUCGAUCAUGCUUCCAUGGUCAGGAGUGGAGAUUAUUAUUUGUUUGAAACGGAUAGUGAAGAAGAGGAAGAGGAAGAAUUUAAAAAGGAAGAAGAAGAGCCUCCAAGAAGGUCGGCCUUCCAGUUUGUUUAUCAAGCCUGGAUUACUGACCCUAAAACAGCACUCCGUCAGAGGCGCAAAGAGAAAAAGAGAUCUUCAAGAGAAGGCCAGAAACGAAGGAGAAAGGGAUCUGGGGAGGGUCCUGUGGAGUGGGAAGAUCGAGAGGAUGAACCAGUCAAAAAGAAAUCUGAUGGCCCAGAUAAUAUCAUCAAGAGGAUAUUUAAUAUUUUGAAAUUUACCUGGGUCCUGUUUCUGGCAACGGUGGAUAGUUUCACAACUUGGCUUAAUUCCAUUUCAAGGGAGCAUAUUGAUAUAUCCACAGUUCUGAGAAUUGAAAGAUGCAUGCUGACCAGAGAAAUUAAAAAGGGCAACGUUCCCACUCGGGAGAGCAUCCACAUGUACUAUCAGAACCACAUCAUGAACCUUUCCCGAGAGUCUGGACUGGACACCAUCGACGACCGUCCUGGUGCUGCUUCAGGUGCACAGACAGCCCACAGGAUGGAUAGCUUAGAUUCUCAUGACAGUAUCUCCAGCGAGCCCACCCAGUGCACCAUUCUGUCCUCGCGCCAGGGGACCACGGAAACCAUCGAGGAGGUGGAGACUGAGCAGGACGAGGAGGCCGAGGGGGACGAGGAGGCCGGGGAGGCUGAGGAGGCGGGGGUCGGCGACCCUGACGAGGCGGGUUUGGAGGCCCCAGAGGAUGGCGAGGAUGGCGUCGAGGAGGCCCCGCCGUCGUACAGCAAGGCCGUCAGCCUGGAGCGCCUGUCCUUGGACUCGCCGGACGGCUCCGCAGGCCGGAACCACAUGGCGGUCAGCCCCGACGACAGCCGCUCCGACAGGCUGGAGUCCAGCAUCUUACCCCCGCUGACUCACGAGCUGACGGCCAGCGAGCUGCUGCUGAACAAGAUGUUCCAUGACGAUGAGCUGGAGGAGUCGGAGAAAUUCUACGUUGGCCAGCCGCGGUUCUUGCUGCUCUUCUACGCCAUGUACAACACCCUGGUGGCCCGCUCGGAAAUGGUGUGCUAUUUCGUCAUCAUCCUCAACCACAUGGUCUCUGCCUCCAUGAUCACCCUCGUGCUUCCCAUCCUGAUCUUCCUCUGGGCCAUGCUGUCUGUCCCCAGGCCCAGCAAGCGGUUCUGGAUGAUGGCCAUUGUCUACACAGAGGUGGCAAUUGUGGUCAAGUAUUUCUUCCAGUUUGGGUUCUUUCCCUGGAACAAGCACGUGGAAUUGAACAAAGACAAACCUUACCACCCGCCUAAUAUCAUAGGAGUGGAAAAGAAAGAAGGUUAUGUCCUUUACGACCUCAUUCAGCUCCUGGCUCUGUUCUUCCAUCGAUCGAUUCUGAAGUGCCACGGUUUAUGGGAUGAAGAUGACGUCACCGACAGUGGCUUAGACAAGGAAGAGUCAGAUGACGAGCUCUCCCUCAGUCACCGCAGAAGAGCUUCCUCCGAUUCUCUGAAAUCCAUCAACCUGGCCGCAUCGGCGGAGUCCGUGCACGUGUCCUUCCCCGAGCAGCCGGCAGCCGUCCGCAGGAAGCGCUCCGCCAGCAGCUCCCAGAUAUCCCAGAGAUCCAGCUUUUCUUCAAACAGGUCCAAAAGAGGCAGCACAAGCACCCGAAACAGCAGUCAAAAAGGAAGCAGUGUUUUGAGCAUUAAGCAAAAAAGCAAAAGGGAGCUUUAUAUGGAAAAGCUUCAAGAACAUUUAAUCAAAGCAAAAGCAUUUACUAUAAAGAAGACUCUGCAAAUAUAUGUGCCCAUCAGACAGUUCUUCUACAACCUCAUCCACCCCGACUACAGCGCCGUGACCGAUGUGUAUGUGCUCAUGUUCCUGGCCGACACUGUCGACUUUGUCAUCAUUGUCUUUGGCUUCUGGGCCUUUGGGAAACACUCAGCAGCUGCAGACAUCACCUCUUCGCUGUCCGAGGACCAGGUCCCUGGGCCGUUUUUGGUGAUGGUCCUCAUCCAGUUUGGAACCAUGGUGGUGGACCGAGCACUGUACCUCAGGAAGACUGUAUUGGGAAAGGUCAUUUUCCAGGUCAUUCUUGUGUUUGGGAUUCACUUCUGGAUGUUCUUCAUCUUGCCUGGCGUGACGGAGAGGAAAUUCAGCCAGAACCUGGUUGCUCAGCUUUGGUACUUUGUGAAGUGUGUUUACUUCGGGCUGUCUGCCUACCAAAUCCGUUGUGGCUACCCAACUCGUGUCCUUGGAAACUUCCUCACAAAGAGCUACAAUUAUGUCAACCUCUUCUUGUUUCAAGGGUUCCGCCUUGUUCCGUUUUUGACUGAGCUGAGGGCCGUGAUGGACUGGGUGUGGACAGACACGACCUUGAGCCUCUCCAGCUGGAUCUGUGUAGAGGACAUCUAUGCUCACAUAUUCAUCCUGAAGUGUUGGCGGGAGUCAGAAAAAAGAUACCCUCAGCCUCGGGGGCAGAAAAAGAAGAAGGUGGUAAAGUAUGGCAUGGGGGGCAUGAUCAUCGUGCUGCUCAUCUGCAUCGUCUGGUUUCCUCUUCUCUUCAUGUCCCUGAUCAAGUCUGUCGCUGGAGUGAUCAACCAGCCCCUGGAUGUCUCCGUCACAAUCACCCUGGGAGGGUACCAGCCUAUUUUCACGAUGAGUGCCCAGCAAAGCCAGUUGAAAGUUAUGGACCAGCCAAAGUUUAAUAAAUUUAUAAAAGCUUUUUCUAGGGACACUGGUGCUAUGCAAUUUCUGGAAAAUUAUGAAAAAGAAGACAUAACAGUAGCAGAACUGGAAGGAAACUCAAAUUCUUUGUGGACCAUCAGCCCUCCCAGUAAGCAGAAAAUGAUACACGAACUCACGGACCCCAAUAGUAGCUUCUCUGUUGUUUUUUCCUGGAGUAUUCAGAGAAACAUGAGUCUGGGUGCAAAAGCAGAAAUAGCAACAGAUAAGCUUUCCUUUCCUCUUAAAAAUACUACCCGAGAGAAUAUAGCUAAAAUGAUAGCUGGCAACAACACAGAAAGUUCCAAAACACCUGUGACUAUAGAAAAGAUCUACCCGUAUUACGUGAAAGCACCCAGUGAUUCCAACUCAAAACCUAUAAAGCAACUGUUAUCUGAAAAUAAUUUCAUGAACAUCACCAUCAUUUUGUCAAGAGAUACUUCAACUAAAUCUAACAGUGAGUGGUGGGUUCUCAACCUGACUGGAAACAGAAUAUACAACCAGCAUGCUCAGGCCUUGGAGCUGGUGGUCUUCAAUGACAAAGUCAGCCCCCCUAGCCUGGGGUUCCUGGCUGGCUACGGUAUCAUGGGACUAUAUGCUUCGGUUGUCCUCGUGAUUGGGAAGUUUGUCCGUGAAUUCUUCAGCGGGAUUUCUCACUCCAUCAUGUUUGAGGAGCUUCCAAAUGUCGAUCGAAUUUUGAAGUUAUGCACGGAUAUUUUUUUGGUUCGAGAGACAGGGGAACUGGAACUAGAGGAAGAUCUCUAUGCCAAAUUAAUAUUCCUGUAUCGUUCACCAGAAACCAUGAUCAAAUGGACCAGGGAAAAAACAAAUUGAUACCUUAGGACACAGACUGCAAGUCAAGUUAACAUUUGAAUUUUCAGAAAAAAACAAAGCACAAUAUUCUCCUAAGAGCUAAACAUUUCUAGUCUGAUGGAAAUGGUUUCUCUUCUGGCAGGUGGCCAAAAGGAGUCGACUUCCUUUUGCAGUCCAAGCUACCUUGCAAGUUAAGGCGCUAUUGAAAACGUUAUUUGUAAUUCCAUUUCUCUGCAGUCAGGGCUACUUGCUUUAUGUUUAGUCAACGGUGUCUUGCGUUCUGAUUGACUAUGUGAAGGAAUCAUUUAUGGCUCUGCUCCCUCAGAGAAACAGAAGAGAAGAAGGAAGAGGAGAGACUCUCAUGUUCUCCCGUGUGGGCUCGCACCCCUCCUGCAGAGAUGCCGUCAGGCGGUGUACAGGGCUCUGUCGCCCAAGGGGGAUCUGCUGGGAGGAGAACAGAUGGGCCUUGGCGCACCCAAAAGGCCACAGCAAUAGGAGGCUGAGAACUCCUGAGCAAUUCUGAAGGGAGAGAGGGAGGGAGCCGAUGGCCGUGAAGAUGCCCUUGGAAGGACAAGCCUCAUUCUAAGCAAAAAGAUAACAUUAGUGACACUCUUACUGCCUUAUCUUAACUGAAGACUCAUAAGACAUCUUUCCAUUAAACACCAGUGACGUCUCAGGAAAAAAAAAAAAAAAGCAGCAAAACAAGUAUGUGGACACCGGCUUUGCUGAGGCCCAGCUGGUGACGCCCGGCAGUGGUGGUGGCUGUUCUGCCUCAGAGAGUGGCCGCUCCUCUGCAACACGGACACAGGUAGACAGAUACGCGUGCUGCCCCGCUGGACCUGGAACCCUGCGACUUUGUAGGUUUGCUCCCUGAGGUCCUGAGCUCUCCUACCUUUCCCCAGCCCUCAACACGCUUUUCCCCAUUUCAAUGAUUUAAGGCAAUGGUUUUUCCAAUAUGUGACAUUUUCCUCCCUGUUUUUCAGGUAUAUCAAAGAGUUUACAUAUUCCAAAUCACAUUUUUACAUCUGAGACGGGUUUUUUAAGUUCAUAAUUAUGAAAGAAAUAUGUAUAUUGAGCUUGGGGAAAUAAAAAAUGGCCUUUUCUUAAAUUAUUAUUAUUAUUGAUAAUACAACCUCUUCAUUAAAUAGCAAUGUAGCAUGAAAA